AUGACGCGCAAAAAGGCCCUCAUCAUCGGCAUCAACUACACGGGCAGUGCCCAUCAGCUGAACGGCUGCAUCAACGAUGCACGCAACGUGCGGGAUUUUCUCGUCAGCGACCGUGGCUUCUCGGACUCGCCCCAGGACAUGGUGAUGCUCACGGACGACGCCGACAACGAAGGCACGCCGUACUGGCCGAGCCACUCGAACGUGAUGGCGGCCUUUGGCUGGCUGUCGAGCUGCAACGAACCGGGCGACGCGCUCUGGCUGUCGUACUCGGGACACGGCGGCCAGACGAGAAACGCGCAGGGCGAGCGGGCGUCGGGCUACGACGACACCAUCUGUCCGGUAGACUUUGAAAAGGCCGGCCAGAUCGACAGCACGACGCUCCAUCGCGCCAUCGUCUCGCCCAUGCACCCCCAGGCCCGCCUGACGAUCCUCUUUGACUGCUGCCACUCGGGCUCGGCCUGCGAGCUGCCCUACGUCUUCCGGCCUGACGCCGACGGCAACGUCAGCAUUGCCGACACGGUCCAGCGCGGACUCUCGCUCUUUUCCGAGGCCCAUGGCCUCAUGCGCGGCGGCUUCUCGCUCGACAAGGUCUCGGCGGCCGAGCAGCUCUUCGCCAGCACCUCAGACUUCUUUCACAGCCUGCACGCGCUGCGCAACGGCGACAGCGCCGACGAGAACGACGGCCUGACCACGCAGGAUGCCCAGUGGGCAUCGGAGCAGAAGGACGUGUGGAUGUUCUCGGGCUGCGCCGAUGAUCAGACGUCGGCCGACGCCACCAUUGGCGGCGCCGCCACCGGGGCCAUGUCCUGGGCCUUUAUUGGGUCCAUGCGCGAAAACCCGGACCUGAGCUACGUCGAGAUCCUACAGACGACCCGUCACCACCUGGCGAACAAUUACGCGCAGGUGCCGCAGCUCAGCUGCGGUGGCCUCUAUGACCUCGACCAGCGGCUGGUGUUUCUCGCCGAAGCUAAGCAUCGCCGGCUGCAACGUCCAGGCCCGCAACACGAUAUCACAGCAGCCGUGAUGGACACCGGCCCAGCCCUGAAGGGCGACGUGACAAACCUGCUCGACCACGAGGCCAAGUUGAUUGCCAACAUGCUGCAGCACUACCGCGAGAUUGCGCGGAGCGCCACGGUGCGUGUGUCGAACCGGUCGACGGUCGGCGAGGCUGCAGCGAACCGUCUGCGGAUGGAGACGGAGGCAGGCGGACUGAUCCAAACGGCCGAGGACCUGCUCAGCCUGACGCGGCGCAUCCGCGAGCUGUGGAUCAUCGGUCCGCUGCGCAAGGCCGGCGAGGGCGACGUCGAGGCCGAGACGCGCAUCCGCAGCGAAGUCGUGCCGGUGGUAGAUCAGAUCGACGGCGAGCGGGCUGCUCGUCGUGCCCGGCUCAUGGGCACGCAUGGCACAUACCAGGCGCGUCCGUGGCAGCCACCGGUACCGACAUCGUCGUCUGCGGAAGCAGCAGCAGCAGCAGCAGCAGCAGCAGCAGCAGCACGACCAUCUACACAGAUAUCGGCACAGCCAGCACCAUGA